GUCCGCCAAACGGAAAGCCGCCAUGAUGGCUUUCUGUAAAGUACGCUCAAUAUGUAAAGUUUCCUUAUUGUUUUUCAUUAAUUGUGACUGAGUGCGUGCAAAAAUUAACCAUGGGAACGAACUAGAGUGUGCAAAGUGUAGUUUAAGGUCCUUUGGGACCUCCUGGAGGAGCUAUAAAGUGUUUUAUAAGUGCAUUUUAGUGUCGACGCUAGCGUGUUUUGUUCUGUCAACAAAAUGUCGAAGCUCUCGUUUAGGGCGAGGGCCCUGGAUGCGUCGAAACCAAUGCCCAUAUAUCUCGCCGAGGAGCUUCCGGACUUGCCGGACUACUCGGCGAUUAAUCGUGCAGUACCUCAAAUGCCCUCUGGAAUGGAAAAAGAGGAAGAAAGUGAGCACCAUCUCCAGAGGGCGAUAUCAGGCACGGGGCUCAUCAUACCAACGCCGGAGGUGUGCGAGGUCAGCGACCUCGAGUUCUACGAGCGAUGUUAUCCGCCCGACUACAAAAUGCCCAAACAACACAUACACAUGCAGCCGCUAUGGGAGGAGCAGGAGGCGCCAGAGUACGACAUCGACUCUGAGGACGAAAGGUGGCUGAAGCAGCAGCGGCACCCAGAGUUGACCGAAUGGAAGUUCGAGCAGAUGAUGGACAAGCUGGAGAAGAGCUCGGGGCAGACGGUCGUGACACUGCACGAGGCGAAACUGUUGUUGGAGAGGCACGACGACCUCGUCACAGCCGUGUACGAUUACUGGCUGAACAAACGGCUAACCACACAACACGCGUUGAUACUAUCGGUGAAGACAGAGAGCAGGCCAGGUCAGUCCUCCAACAACCCAUACCUCGCGUUCAGGCGGCGCACCGAGAAGAUGCAAACCAGAAAGAACAGGAAAAACGAUGAGAGCUCGUACGAGAAAAUGCUGAAGUUGCGAAGGGAUCUGGCGCGAGCGUUGACCCUGCUCGAACUGGUGGCGCGCCGUGAGACCGCCAAGAGGGAGCUGGUCAAGUUGACGGCGCAACUAGCAGACAAACGAUACGCAGCCGGAGACUUCGCCAACCAACUAUUACCAGACCCACCGCCCAGACCCCAGUACAGCGCGGUUACGAUAUCAACAAGCAGUUUCCGUGCGUACACAGUGCCUCACUAUCCGCCCCGGGCGCCUCCCACGCCCGUCGACACGCCCCGACAGCGCGAGAAGCGACCAUACAAGAGACGGAAAUACAGGCACCCCGCCGCCGCGCCGCCCGGUCGAGGAGAGGUGGGCGCUGUGGGAGCGGCCUCUUCUUCAGACGAGGAAUUGCCCGACGACGGACCCUUCGCUUUCCGACGGAAACCAGGAUGCUACUACGAGAUGCCAACGUCAACGCUAUGUGGAGACCCCUUGGAUCCUGAUAAGGCUGCUAGUGGCGCCAUCUACAGUCACGAGCUUGAUGAAAGGCAUAGGUUUACGCUGACGUCAGUGAGGCAUCCGUAUCCACGUUGUGUCGGUUUCGCUCGACGAAGAUUAUGUCGCGGUGGGCGUGUAGCAUUAGACAGACUGCAUACACCGCUCCAAGAUCUAUGGGAACGGUUGCCGCAUCACACAGAAGCCGCGUUACACCAGCGGCGGCAUCUACAGGAUGAACUCGAAAAGAACGUGCAUAGAACUCCCAAAGAGAUAACUCAGGACUACCACACGGGUGGCAAAUAUCCGUGGAGACACGCGUUCAGACAGCACCUAUCAAAGAACCCUCACCUGUGGAUCGAACCUGAAGUCAAGCCGAUCAAAAUGGACAUGGAUGUUAAAACGGAACCUGACGAUGAGCCCAAAUAUAUUAAUGAAGACCUGAAAAGUGCAACGGACUUGAAAUUAAACGAUGAUUAUAGCAGUUUAACAGAUGCAAAAUAUAUUAGUGAUGAAGUGAGAUUCUCGAACAAUGACGUGAGACGUGUAUGUGGUAUUAGUGAUAGUGAUCGCGCUCGGACUAUAGAAUGUAAUGUUAAGGAGAGCCUUAGAAAGGCCAUGAGGAAAAGGUCAUGGAGUGGUUGUAGUGAUAGCAGUUAUGAGUCAGAUGAGAGCUUACAACCGGUCGAACAAGAGUUCGAGAAGUUCAUCAAUGAGGUUAAUAAGAAAUGGUUACACUUUCGGCCGAAAACACCGCCACCAUCUCCACCGCCGCCCGACUUCAACCCGGAAGAUCAGGCACCCGUAACACUAGACACGCCUCUAGCUGUCGAACUGAGAACAGAACUGCCAUCGGGCGGUCUCGACACAUUCACCACGUCCGAGUUCACGCUCGCCGAUCUAUAUGGCGACAUAAAUCCGGAGGAGAAAGACAGCAGCGGCAGCGCAGCCCUAGACGGCAGCGGGGACGAUCUGCUCAACAACUUCACCGGCUUAACCGAGGACCAAGUCGAGAGUAUACUGUCCGAGACAGACUUGAAAGCGUUGGCCGAGGUGGACUUGACCAAAGGGGACGCGAAGGAGGAUCUGCUCGACGUGGAUUCUUUUUUAUUGCAAGGCCAGGGUAUGGAGGGGCGCGCGUGCCCUGGCUGGCGCGGCGCGGGGGCGGGGCGGGCGAGGGCGGGGCGGGGGCGGGGCGCGGGGGGCUGCAGCUCUGUGCGAGUGGUGGCGUCCCCGCCCGACGCGUUAUACGUGGACCUGGUCACGCCGGACCCGCCUAGUGUGCCGAAUAUCGUUCCGAAACCCGCCGCGCCGAAACCCGUCGCGCCGAAAUCCUCCACGCCGAAACCGGUCGCGCCUAAGACCGUCGUGUCGAAACCGGCCGUGCCGAAGACUGCGACUGCGCCGACCUCUGCGCCACCUGAUCUGGAGAAACAACCCGUGCCCACGUCCAAGAUCAUCGUCGAGGAGGUUAACGAAGUGCCCACACACGCCCAGAUCAAGAUCGAGAAGAAGCGGAGAGAUGAUCAGAGCGUGGAGGAAGUCACCUUCGCGCACGGCGUCCAGUUGAAGACCGUGCAGACUAAACAUUCGCCUCUAAAGAAGCACAUAAUAAGCUCGCGGCCGGUGGAACUGACGGCAUUGACGGCUGUAACUGCCGGCGCGGUCAGUUCCAUGGCGGCCGUUACGUCUGUCGCCGCUGCAGUCACCAACGUUACAGCGCAGGAUUCACCAACGCCGCAGAUACUUACGGUGUCAGACAGUCUCAAGGUGAGACUACAGAAUCAUCUGGUAUCAUCUCAAGCGGGUGUGCUGGUGCAGAACGGACCGUUCCCGCCAGUGGCAGUGUUGCCGCUGCAUCAUCACCAGACUGCACAUGCCGGGAGCGGUGUGGGUAGCGUGGGCGGGCGCGUGGGUCGCGUGGGGGCGCCGCUGGUGGCGGUGGGCGGGGGCGCGCUAGUGCAGAAGCCGCUGCAGCUGCACGCGCACGCGCACGCACACGCGCCGCUCGUCGUCACGCCCUCCGGCGCGCAUCUGCACCACGUGCCCGCCAACAAGCUCAAAGUGUUGCACGCGCAUCCGUUGAGUCGCGCUCAAGUGGUGAGCAGAUCCGGCGGCGGUCAGAGCGUGCCCGCGGUGGUGUCCCUGGCGCCGCUGCACGACUCCAAGCCGCUGAUCAAACAGCAACCGCUCACGCAACUGUUCGAGAUCAAGGCCGCGCAACUGGGAAAGGGUCCGCACCUAGUGAACGUAGUGCGCGGGUCCCCUGCGGGUGCGGGUGCGGGCGCGGGCGCGGGCGCGGUGGCGGGGCGCGCGGAGGGGGGCGAGGUCCGGCGCCGCGCCGUGGUCGCGCUGGAGGGGGCGAGGCAUCAACUCCCAGCCACGGCCCGCCCGCACAGGCUCAGUCUCAGUCUGGACGCGAGGCAUCUGCUGCGCGCCACCCUGCCCGCGCCUAGGCCACAGAUCCAAUUGAAGAAUCGCACGGUGCAAGUGUCAGCGGCGAGCGUAGCGGCGAGUGUGGCGGGCGUUGCGGGCGUGGCGGGCGUGUCGAGUGUGGGGGGUGUGGGGGGCGGCGCGGGCUGCUCCGCCACGCCCAAGGUGGGCACCUCCGUCGUGGCCAACCUGCUGCACAAGACUGUACACCUACCCAAGUCUGCGGCGCCGCUCGCUGCCAAUCUGCAGGCGAUAGCGUUUGCGGCGCCGCAACUGAAGCGCCACCCGCCACAUCCGCCCCACGCGCCGCGCCCGCACAACGACAACGAGCUGGUGGACGUGGGUUCGGUGUCCGGGCAAGGUGCGUCGGAACCACUCGACGCCGAAGACGAGUCCGUGCGGCGGCGAGACUCGCUGCCCAUGGAGGUCACGUGACACGGACGCAACGCCAUCCGUCCACCGCCCACGACCCACCACCAUACCAAUGUAAACGCAGACGAGGAGGCCGCCAGUACCAUACACGGAGAUGACGAUAACGAACCCAUCGAAUCCACCGAUAAACAAGAUGUGAAAAGAAUUCCACACGUUGAAGACAGUGAAUCAAUAGUGAGAGUUGAAAAUCGAGAAGUCUUUGAAGAAUUUGGAGUGGCUGAAGUCGAUGAUGGAAAUUGUUACUUGAUAAUUGGAGAUAGUAGAAGUGAAGAUAAUUUGUCAAUGAAAGUUAGCGAUGUGUUUGUAGAAAAUCAGGAGUUUUGUGAUUCAGCGAAAGCGGCUGUGGAAGUCGUUGAUGAUGUUAAGUGCGAGUCGCUGCAGAGUGAAAAAAUCAGUUGUGAAUUUAAGAAAGUUGACAAUAGUAUUGAAGUGGCUGACAAAAGACUUGUCGACCUGGCAGUGGCAAAGGUCAAUGACACGAAUACUACAAUAAUCAGUGACCUGAUUAUUAAAAAUACAAAUAAGAAAUGCUUCGCUGUAAAAAACAAAAACAUUAAUCAUAACUCUAUAAACGUUAAUUGCUUGCAAACAGAAAGCUUCAAUGCCAUCAAAGUGCAGCAACUUGUCAAAGACAACGAUUUGAUUGCUCUCAAACUUAAUCAGACAAUGACAUCUACAGAAGCGACCACAAGGCAUACAGAACCAGUGGAUUCUGAACCAAUUUUCGAUGGAAGUCGUACUGACAUCUCUAAUUUGGAUGGGGCGAGGCCUGUGUUAGUGUUCUAGCAGUGAAAUUGUGAUAGUGACGCUAUAUCUAGUGAAAUUAAUGACAUUCUGUGACGACUUGUGUUGAAUUUGUGUGUAGAAAUUUCUAAAUGUUCCAGCUUACUCAGGUGAUGUUGAAGAUGUCGACAAAUAAUAAACCAGGACAGUUAUAUUUUUUUGUCAAUAAAUGCUGUAAAUAGUUUAUAUAAACCCAAAAACCAAAAAUCUGGUUAAGUUUUGUCGUAUAUUUCAUAGAUUGUACACCCUUAGCUGCUAUUUAUGUCAUCAAAUUGCAAUUUUAACUUUGCAAUUAUGAAUAAUAUGUUUAUGAGUUAUGUGUCGAUCAUGAUUGCAAUUGUUGAUUUAUCAUCGUUUGUCUGAUUUUUUAAUAGAACAUUUAGAAUGACACACUGAUUACGCAAACUCGGAACGUACCUUUGUAUUGUAUAUUUGAAACUGAUGAGUUUCUUGAAUUGCAAAAUGUGAUAUUAAAACAAGUUUAAAACCACAUUUGAUUUUACUUUUUUUUUAUGCACGCAAAUCUAUGUAGCGGAAUCCUCCGCCAUAUUUAGUUGGACGAUGAACGCCGAUGAAACUUGGACUAUGUUACUUAGUAGAAUGGUCGACAGAGGCCUGGGCUUAAUUUUAAUGUAGUAAAAAAUGAAAUUACAAGGAAUAAAUGUAAGCUAUGUUAAUUUUGUAGUUUAUUAAGAUGUGUAUUCAAUACAAAUUCUGAUUAAGGGCUGGUUUUUGCCUUGCUUGCUUGCGUUUUCUGCGUCAAAAGUUUACCUACAAUGGUUUAUAAUAUACUCUAUUCUUAGCACAUACAAAAAAUGAUACCAAUUUAAUGAGUAGAAAAUAAAUGUGUGUAUCGCUAUACAUAGAAAUCUAUAUCGUUUCCGCGCAGUACUACCUAUUGUUUUACAGGGUGGGUUCAAUAACCUAUAGAGUCCCGCACAACAAAACUCUUUACUAAUACGCUGAAACAUUGUCAAAUUAGCACCUACGUGAUAUCAUUUGAAAAUAUUCAUAGUUAAAAUAUUUUUGAAUAAUCCCCAAAAUAGGAUUGUAACAAUUUAUUAACCAUUACUUUGUUGAUUUAUUUGCAAAAUAUUUUUCGAAAAUGUCCAAUUAAUAUGUUAAUAUAUGUAUGUAAGAAAAAACUUAGUGACGCUAAAAUCAGAGAAGAUUUAAUACAAGCAAAAUCCAUACGUGUACUAGCUGGCUGUACUAGCGGUACACGUAAAUGGUAGUCAAGCAUUAUUAAUAUUCCGAUGAUAUAGAGGUCUAUGGAUAGCGAUACAUAUGGUUUUCUUUCAAUACUCACAUAGUACCUUGCAUUAUUUUUUGUUUUGUCCCCUACAUUAGUAAAGUACAGUCGAAUAAAUUGCUAAAUUAUUUUAAUAGAACAAUACGGUUGCGGUAUGAAAUUAUUCGUCAUUUUUGUUCUUUUAAAAACAGGUAUAAAUUUUAUAAUACCUUCUUAAAUUAAGCAUCCCUUUUAUGAGUUGAUCUCUCUCGUUUAUUAAUUUAAAAAGUCAUAACUUAUGAUGAAGUAUGGAUGAAUUUCAAUAUGACGAUUACUUUUCAUAUCGCAA